AUGUCGCUUUUCGGCAAAUUGUUCGGCAUUAGCGGCGGGGGAAAAGGGGGCAAGGCACCCACAGCCCAAGAAGCUGUCCAGAAACUCCGAGAAACCGAGGAGAUGCUGACCAAAAAACAAGAUUUUCUGGAGAAGAAGAUCGAGCAGGAGACUAUAACGGCCAAGAGGCACGGCACGAAGAACAAGCGGGCGGCGCUGCAGGCCCUGAAGAGAAAAAGGCGCUACAGCAAACAGCUUGAGCAGAUCGAUGGCACGCUCUCCACCAUCGAGUUCCAAAGGGAGGCACUAGAGAACGCCAACACUAACACGGAAGUUCUAAAGAACAUGGGCUUCGCCGCCAAGGCCAUGAAAGCGGCACACAAAGAGCUGAACGUGGACAGCGUGGACGACCUGAUGUCGGACAUCAUGGAGCAGCAGGAGCUCGCGCAGGAGAUCACAGACGUCAUUUCUAAUCCCAUUAGUUUCGGCGAUCAAGUGGACGAGGAUGAACUCAUGGCCGAGUUGGAGGAGCUGGAGCAGGAAGAGCUGGACAGGAAUCUCCUGGAAGUGGAAGGAACACCGGAUGUCACCUUGCCCAGUGUACCGGCCACGUCGCUGCCGUCCAGACCAGCCAAGAAGAAGGAGGAAGAAGACGAGGCAGAAAUGGCCGACCUGGAGGCUUGGGCCACCAACUGA